CAUGUCACCCUUAUCUCAAAGCUCGAGUUUUUUUCGUUCCUUAUCUCACCAUCUCCUCCAACCUCGCUCUCUAUUGCUCCAAGAUGCUAUCAAUGGCGAUCCAUGCUCCCAAUUUCACCCACCUUCUCCUCUCCAUCUACUUCCAAACUCCUCUCUCUCCCCCAAAAACCCUUCCUUUCAUUCAAUGCACGCUUCAAACGACCCCGAUUUGUCUGCCGCCCUUGCGCUGCCCCUGAAGCUCUGGAAAUCGAGGAAGAGGAUCAAUUGGAAGAGAAGGAGGUUCGUGUGGCGGUGAAGACGAUGGAGAAGCCGCGGCUGGUUUUGAAGUUCGUGUGGAUGGAGAAGAACAUAGGGUUAGCCCUUGACCAGGUGAUACCUGGAUAUGGGACGGUACCUCUCAGUCCUUACUACUUUUGGCCUAGAAAGGAUGCUUGGGAGGAGCUCAAGUCGUUGCUGGAGAGCAAGGCUUGGAUAUCUCAGAAGAGGAUGAUCAUUCUUCUCAAUCAGGCCACGGAUAUCAUCAAUCUCUGGCAACAGAGUGGCGGUGCGCUGUAAACACGUUUGCAGUCAAUUUCUGUUCUUUUGUUGUUUGAUUAUAUGAAUGCUUGGUUAGUGUAGCAAUGCUGUUUUUAUAUCUCUUUGAUCAUUAUCAGUAUAAAAAAUGUUGCUUUAACGCUGCUUUCUCUUUUUGUUCCUGUGAUUAAAGUUCAUGCUAAUGUAGUUUUGUGUUA